UUCAUCAUGAAUAUUCCUCUUCCAGAUCAGCUUCAUUUAUCUCUUAUCUUCUCUCUCACUUUUGGGUGAUGUUCUAAUCUGUCUCUUUCUUGUGAUUAUACCCGAUCCCCACUCCGUAUCUAUUGACUUCCCCACCCCACCACUACCCCGAAGCUUGACCCGCUCUCUCGCGUGCACACUGCCCACAUGGCUCCUUCACAACAAGAGAAGUAUGACAUUGUCAUCGUGGGCGCUGGCCCCGUUGGCAUUGUCCUGUCGCUCUGCAUGUCCCGCUGGGGCUACAAGGUGAAGCACAUUGACAACCGUCCGGUGCCGACCGCCACCGGCCGCGCCGAUGGUAUCCAGCCUCGUUCGACGGAGAUUCUUCGCAAUCUGGGCUUGAAGCGCCAAAUAAUGGCCUUCAAGCCCGCUAAGGUGUACGACGUUGCUUUCUGGGACCCUCUCCCGGGCGGACAAGGUAUCCACCGCACUGGCAGUUGGCCCAGCUGCCCCCGCUUUAUCGAUACAAGAUACCCCUUCACCACCCUGGUUCACCAGGGUAAGAUCGAGCGCGUGUUCCUGGAUGAGAUCCAGAAGGCCGGUACCACAGUCGAGAGACCGUGGACCAUCGUCGGUUUCAAGAAUGAUGGCUUGGACGAGACCUACCCCGUCGAAGUGCAGCUUAAGAGCAUUGACACCAACGUAAUCGAGACUGUUCGCACAAAGUAUCUCUUCAGCGGUGAAGGUGCUCGGAGUUUCAUCAGACAGCAGCUUGGCAUCCAGAUCCAGUACAAGGAUCCCAUCUCUUAUGUCUGGGGUGUUAUGGAUGGUGUCGUGAGGACCAACUUCCCCGACAUCGAGACCAAGUGCACUAUCCACUCCGAUGCCGGUUCUAUCAUGGUUAUUCCCCGUGAGGACAACAUGGUCCGUCUGUAUGUCCAGAUCGCUUCGUCGGACGACCCCGACUUCGACCCCAGAAAGACAGCAACCGCAGAGGAUGUCCAGGCCACUGCUCGGAAGAUCCUCCAGCCGUACUGGGUGGAAUGGGAUCGCGUAGAAUGGUACUCCGUCUACCCGAUCGGCCAGGGUAUCUCUGAGAAGUAUACUCUCGAUGAGCGUGUUUUCAUGGGUGGUGAUGCUUGCCACACUCACAGCCCCAAGGCUGGUCAGGGAAUGAACACUGCUUUCCACGAUGCUCUGAACAUGGCCUGGAAGCUCCACGCCGUUGAGUCUGGUCUGGCUAAGCGCUCCAUCCUCAGCACCUAUGAGACCGAGCGCAAGGAUAUCGCCGAGACUCUGCUGAGCUUCGACAACAAGUACGCCGCCUUGUUUUCCAAGCGUCGCCCUACUGCCGGUGAGGUCGGCGAGGCCAGCCACACCACUGCUGCGGCUGGCGGAGAGGAAGACGAGUUUGUCAAGACCUUCAAGUCCUCUUGUGAAUUCACCAGUGGCUACGGUGUUGCCUAUAAGCCUAAUGUGUUCACCUGGGACGCUACUCACCCCGCUCAGUCCCCGCUGUUCGACGUCCCCGGUGUCCGCCUGACCCCUGGUCGCGCUUUCACGCCUACCACCGUCACCCGGUUAGCGGACUCCAACCACGUCCACCUGGAACAGGAGAUUCCUGCCAACGGUGCGUUCCGUAUCUUCAUCUUCGCCGGUAAGCAGGACAAGACCAGCAAGGCGAUCACUGAUCUUGCUGCCAACCUCGAGAAGGAGCGCUCGUUCCUCUCCGUGUACCGCCGCGCCGACAUUGCCGACGUGUCGUUCUUCGAAAACCACCUGCCUCACUCCAAGCUGUUCUCCAUCUGCCUGGUCUACGCGGGCGAGAAGAACCAGAUUGAUGUGGACUCUAUUCCCAAGAUCCUCCGCGACUACCACCACCACCUCUAUGCCGACAACAUCCCCGACGUGCGCGUUCCCCAGGCCACGUACGCCGCUCACGAGAAGCUGGGCUUCGACGUGGAGAAGGGUGGUGUUGUUGUUACUCGCCCUGACAGCCACGUUGCCUGUACCAUUCAGCUGUCCGAGGGCAGCGGCACUGUGGACGCCCUCAAUGCCUUCUUCGGCUCGUUUGCAACGAAGCCUUUAGGCCAGGACUCCCAGCAAAGCCGUCUGUAAAUGAACAUAUUGCAAACCACAAGUUUUGUACUUUAAAGAUCUUUUCCCUAUCGAUGUUAGGGUGAAUUCUGUACAUAGUCUUUUCUACAUUUUGGUUUCUAGCUUCGUUCAGCCUGACUGAUUAUGAACCGGCAUGGUUGGAGUUGUUUUGUCUUUGAGGAAAUUCAAUUCAAAUCUUGAUAUGUUGAAG